AUGUCAAAGGGACUGAGGUCGAAAGCUCUUCGGAGAUAUAGAACUGCGAAAAGGCACGUGAUAGAAGAAGUUCUGGAACUGCCGAGAACAAUUGAGUCUUACAGGAAGAUGAAGAUGAUACAGCGAGGCCACGACAUAAAGCCGGUACGGAAGUUAAACAAGUUCCUGUACCCAGAGGAGGAAAACGCGGAGUUUCCGCAGUCGGUACCGAAGCCGCCGUUGGACCUGAGGUCGGAAAGGGUGCCGCUGUCAGGCCUCGCGGGACCCCGGGGAAGGAGGAAGUUCGACGCGCAGGAGCUGGCCGAGUCGCGAAUAGUGCUCAAGGCCGACAGGAACACGAGGCAGCUGGCGAGGUCGUUCAUGGACGUGGAGGACGGGCAGUUUGCAGUGCAGAGCACCGCGAGAGUGGGCCACUACAAGGCGGGGAGGGCGAAGAAGUACGCUGCGAACAAGCUGAGCAAGAUCGCAGCGGCGAGGACCGCGACUAAGAGUAAGAGGGAUGCCGCGGCCGCGCCCAAGGGUAAAGCGAAGAGGCGCUAG